AUGACUGGAGCAUUCGAUCCCAAUGCACCGGGUGACUGGACGAAAUUCGGAAAGGGAGAAGUGAUCAAAAAUAUGAUGAAGUCCAUGGGUUACAAAGAAGGAGAAGGACUCGAGUAUCGCGGCAAGGUAUUGUGGAACCCGUACAGGCCGCGGUCCGGAAAGGUCGUGGUUGCAAUUGGGGCAUAUGGCAAAGAAGCGGUGGUCGGACCAAAAUUCGGAGAAUCUGCUGCCGAAGCGCAACGACGCAUGAUCGGUGAACAGAAGCAGAAUGCAGGGCGGAAGAUAUUUUCAAUCGCCACUGCCAAAAAUGCUUGGAAGAUAAGCCAACUAAGGUCAAAACUCGUUACAAGACGGUAG